GGCACUCAGCCCCGGGGGUUCCGAACGUCCUGGGCUGGUCGGGAAUCGCGGCGCUUCCUCCCCGCGGGUAGAAGGCGCCCGAGGGACUGCGGCCGACCCGGUCCCUCCGAGAGCGUCUGUCGGCUCCGUCAGCGCGGGUGGGGGUCGUGGCCGUGGCUCAGGGUCCCCGGUGGAGGCAGGACCCUUUCUCCGUCCGGUGUGCGCCUCCUUCAAAAGCUGCCAGAACAAACACUGUGCCCUUUCUCCAGAGGAGAAACGUGUACGCAGUGGUGGAAAACGGCCGCAGUACCCUCUUCUCGCUGACCUGGCGAUUGCGGGCAGAACGUUCUGAGAUGGCUAAAGAGUGAUGUUUGAUGAUUGAGGAAAAAUGUCUAUUGCUUAAUGAUGGUAUUGUGAACCGGUUACCCAGACACUCCAGUAGUCAAAGAGCAAUUGAGAUCAACCUCUUAAUUUAAACUCAAAAGCUUCUCUGAAGUGGUCUUCUGAGCAAGAAAUGGAAUAUUUUGGAAAUUCUCACUAUCAGAUUCACAGGAUGGCAGCCCUUGAUGUGAAUCAGGUGUGUGGUGAGUCCUUGUUGACUUCUUUUCAUAUAGUUCCGUCACAAAUGGCAGAUCCAGUGCUCAGUGCUCAGGGGCUGAGUGAUCAUGCAGUAGGCCAUAUAAGAGCGACUGAAAAGAGCAGAGCAUGUAUAAGUCAGGUUCCUGGGAUUUGGGAGGCAGGAAGGUGUGUGUGCUUUUUGCGGGGGUAACAUGUUCAUGAAUUCUGUGGUGUCAAACAACUGCCUCUCUGUACGGUAAUUUGUGUAACUCUAAAUUGGAAUAUUUAACCUGUUCCUCAUGGGUAGCAAGAUCCAGAAAACCAUUUUCUUGCUACAGGUAACUCAGAACACUUUGCCAGUUUAUGGAAUUAGUGUGUUUGUGGUAUGUUCUGUGCAUGGUGUGGAAUAGCUUAUAAGCAUGUGAUUAUUGGAAUUGGAUUGGCUUCAGAGUUCAUGGCAUUCUUCUCUCUGAGGUCAUCUUUCUUGGGACCCUUACUGUCUUCAUGAGGGGAAAAUUGAGGAGGCAAGGAUGGUGGCUGGGUUACUGAUGGAUUCUUCUCAGUCCCUCAUGCAUCUUCCUGAGAACCUCAAAGAAGAUGGUGGUUAGCUGAAGCCAGCAUGUAUUUGAUGGUUUAGCACUUAGUGACCUUCGAGGAUGUGGCUGUGAACUUUACCCAGGAGGAGUGGACUUUGUUGGAUCAAACACAGAGAGAUCUCUACAGAGAUGUGAUGCUGGAGAACUACCAGAAUCUCAUUAUACUAGGAUGCGAAUCAUGCAAACCUGAUCUCAACUCUUCAAUGGGAGGAGCAGAAGAGCUGAGGACAGGAGGGAGAGGAAUUCUGCAGGAAUUGGAUUUGCAGCUCAAAACCAAAGGUUCCACAUCCCUUCAAGAUAUUUCUUUGGAAAAAACAUCAAAUGGAAUCCAAUUGGAGAGAAGCAAUGCUGGAGCAAAGCAAUAUGGCUCUCACCUGUAUGGAAGAGCAUUCAGUGGGCACUCAUUUAUGACUCACAGUAGACAGAAAACUUCUAAGGGUAAUCAGAAUGGGAAAGCCUUUAAAAAGAACUUUAUUUGUACUUUGCUCAAGGAAAUCCCUGUUGGGGAGAAAACUUCCGAGAGUGUUCAACAUGAUAAAGCCCUUUGUCAGCUUUCAAAUCUUACUGGGCAGAAGGAAACUCAGACACGAGGGAAAGUGUGUGAAUGCAAAGACUGUCAGAGAACUUUUGUUGAUCAGUCAUCCCUUAAGGUACACAUGAGACACCACACUGGAGAAAAACCAUAUGAAUAUAAAGAAUGUGGGAAAGCCUUCCCUCAUUCCUCAUACCUUACAGAUCAUAGAAGAAUUCACAGUGGAAAAAGGCCCUAUGUAUGCAUGGAAUGUGGGAAAGCCUUUACUCGAUCGACAGGACUUAUUUUACACAUGCGAAUUCACACUGGAGAAAAACCAUAUGAAUGUAAGGAAUGUGGAAAAGCUUUUAUUCACUCUUCAUACCUUACAAAACAUGUAAGAAUUCACAGCGGAGAAAAGCCAUAUUUAUGUAAGGAGUGUGGGAAAACGUUCACUCGUUCCUCAGGACUUGUCUUACACGUGCGAACACACACUGGAGAGAAACCCUAUGUAUGUAAGGAAUGUGGGAAAGCCUUUAAUAAUUCUUCAAUGCUCAAUCAGCAUGUAAGGACACACACUGGAGAGAAGCCAUAUGAAUGCAAGCAGUGUGGGAAAGCUUUCACUCAGUCUUCAGGCCUUACCACACAUUUAAGAACUCACACUGGAGAGAAGGCCUAUGCGUGUAAAGAAUGUGGGAAAGCUUUUGCUCGUUCUACAAAUCUUAAUAUGCACAUGCGAACGCAUACUGGAGAAAAGCCCUACAAAUGUAAAGAAUGUGGGAAAGCCUUUAGAUACUCCACAUGCCUUAAUAUUCACAUGCGAACUCACACUGGAGAGAAACCAUAUGAAUGUAAGGAAUGUGGGAAAAACUUCACUCAAUCUUCGGCACUUGCUAAACAUUUAAGAACUAAGGCAUGUGAAAAAACCUGUAAAUGUUCUUCGGAUGUUAGUAUUCACAUCUAAACUCAUCUGGAUAAAGUACCUUAGGAAAGUAAAGAAUGUGUGAGAAAGCUUUACUCAUUUUGCAUCCUUACCAUGAUAGGAACUUUCUGGGGCAGAAUUCCCAUUCAUAUAAGGUAUAUGGGAGAGCAGUAAUUGUUCAUACUUUACAGAAUGUGUAAGAACUCGCACUUGAGAGAACCUUCCAGUUAUAAGGUAUGUGGGAGAGCCUUUUUGUUGUUGCUCUAAACAUUAAUUUUACAUAUCUAAAAUUACUGUAGAUUUAGAAACUGGCUGGCUCAGUUGGUAGAGCAGGUGACUCUUGAUCUCAGGGCUGUGAGUUCGAGCCCCAUUUUGGGCAUAGAGAUUACUUAUAAAUAAAUAAAUUACUUAUAAAUAAACUACUGUAAAAGUGAUGUGAAGGUAAGAAUGAGAUACAGCCUUAAAAUAUGACCACAUGCUUUGAUAGUACACGGUAACUCAUCCUAGGGAUGGAUCAUCUGUAUGUAAGGAACGUGGUGAAACCGUAGUGCCAAGGCCUUAAUACCCACAUGAGACUUCAUACUGGUAUAAAACCCUACAAAUGUCAAGGAUCCAGGAAGACCUACAGUUGUUUCUUGUAUCUUUUAAGAACUCAGCAUUUAAAAAACAGUGGAGAGAUUUCUAUACAUGUUAAGAAAUAUGGGAAAGCUUCUAGAAAUUCUUGAUUGCUUCAUAUGCAAGGAGACUCAUGAACGUAAGAAAUGUUGAAAAUUGUUCAGGUGUUAAUGGGUAAGUCACAACACGCAGUGAAGAGAAACCUUAUGAUGGUAAGAUAUGUGGGACAACAGAGCCCCAUAUGUUAACAUUCUUUAGUAAUCUCAGAAAAUGUUAUGAAUAUUAGAAAUAAUGGUUAUGCCUUUAUGUGUGUAUGUGUUUAUUUUUUGGCUUUUGACCUUUAGUAAAAAUAAUCCACACUGGAGAGAAAUAAUGGUUGUAGGAUACAUGGGAAAUGAUGUAUCCAUCUUAUACAUCUUACUCUACAUGUGAAAACCCACCCUGGAAAGAAGCUGAAUGAAUGUAAAAAUGUGGGAAUGAUUUUUGGUAAAUACACAUCCCUUAAGAGACACAAAAUACUCACUGAAGGAAUGAAGUAUGAAUGAGAGGAAUUUGGGGAAGCUUUCAGGUAUUGCUCUUCACUUACUGUACACAAGAGAAUUCUUCCUGGAGGUCAUAUUGAAAUAAAUGACAUA